UCUGUAGAAAUUCAACGGAAAGGCAGGCGUGCCCACAGUCUUCCCCGACUACUCAAGCAUGGAGUACUGGGAGAACCGGUAUCAGAACAUCGACUUGACUAAGACGUGUGACUGGUUGCAGUCAUAUGACAAGAUAAAGUCCUUGAUCCAUGCGAAGCUUAAUUUCAAGGACUCACCUGAGAUACUUGUGGUAGGCUGUGGCAACUCAGCUCUGUCCUUGGACCUGUACAACGACGGCUACUGCUUUAUAACGAAUGUUGAUUUUUCCUAAAACCCUUAUUGAUAAGUUGUCAGUGGUCAAUGAGAGUUAUGAAGAAAUGGACUACGUGGAAUUGGACAUCUGCGAACCCAUGGAGGUCAUUGAUAACGAUUCCUUUGAUAUGAUUAUUGACAAAGCAACUCUAGAUGCAGUAUUGUGCAAUCAAAAGCCUCAAGAAAGAGUCUUACAGAUGAUGGAAAAUAUUUACAGAAUUCUUGCACCUGGAGGAAUUUAUAUCUCAAUCUCGAAUGGCAUCCCUGAGACAAGGGAACAGAUCUUUAAAAUGAAGGAAUGGUCGAUUGAGAGAGGAGAGAUACCCUCUGAAUCUGCACAUGAGGGAGACAACAUGCAUCACAUUUACGUAAUGACCAAAUAAGCCUCUUUCAAUCCCUUCUUCAAAA